CAGCUGGAAGUCGGCGGCAUUGCUAGUGUAUUGCCAUUCGAAUAUAUUUCUUAAAUAAACAUUCAAAAAGACAGAAAAGAUACUUUUUCACUGAUUUAUGAAAGUUGUUUUUUCGUCUACAGUUCUAAGCAUCGUGAUUACAGGCACGCGAUAUUAUGAUCUACAAGAUUAAGCAGCAGUUUUCGUGUCACAGGAGGAUGCUAUUUUUGAUAUUUUCGCGUUACGAGACAUUUGAUAAAUAUAUGGUGAACAGUAUUGUGUGAUCAGUAAGAAACAUUAAGAUAACCGGCAAUAUGUUUAGUUUUCAUAAACCCAAAGUUUAUCGAUCCAGUACCGGAUGUUGUAUUUGCAAAGCUAAAUCGAGCAGUUCAAGAUUUACAGAUAGCAAAAAGUAUGAAGAUGAUUUUAUGGAAUGUUUUCAAUUAGAAGAAAGACGUACUGGAGAAAUUUGUAAUGCUUGUGUGUUGCUAGUAAAAAGAUGGAAAAAGUUACCAGCUGGAAGUAAUCGUAACUGGAGACAUGUUGUAGAUGCUCGUGCAGGGCCUGGUAUUAAAUCAUUAACAAAAUUUAAAUCAAAAAAUAAAAAGAAACUUAAAGAUGCACCUGAAAAAUUUGAAAAAAUAAUGAAGAAAAAAAAUAUAUAUGUAAAAUCAGAGACAGAACGAGAACAAAGUCCUGCAAUGAGUGAUGAUUUGGUUGAUUAUGUGCCAGAAAAUAGUAGCAAGUGUUCUAGUAGAACAGGUAGUCCUACUGGCAGUGAUGAUAUUAAUACAGUUGACAAACCUUUAGAUAUUGCACAAGAGGAUUCUGAUGUAAAAAAUGAUUUAACUGUUAAUGGCUUUAUUGAUUUAUCUUAUUUCAAAAGGGAAAUUAUUUGCUGUGGUACAAUAUUCAAAGGCCCAUAUGGAGAAGUUAUAAUAGAUCCAGCAUUGAUAAAACCAUGUACAGGAUGCCUAUCUAAACAAAGACAGCAACAAUCAAAUGUGUUAAGAAAUAGUCCAGUACAUAGUUCAGCAUCGGCGAGUCCUGUUCAUAGUUCUGCAUCUGCUAGUCCUACUCACAGCGUAGAAUCAGGUGUAGAUUCAGCGGUGACAAAACAAACAAGUAAAACAUUCAGUGAUUCGUCUUCUGAUUCUGGUUAUGACGAAUCUUCUAAUCAAGGGGUUGGUGAGGGUAAAGUUACUAAAGUAAUUAUGAAUGUUAAUCCCAACCUUAAACCGAUUGUUAAAACACAACCGAUAAAGAGUGUGCAAUUAAAAGCUAUCCCUGUUGUAUCGGAAUCUGUCAGGUUAAAGUCAGAUGUGCCAAUAAAAUUGGUGCCUAUAAAACAAAUAGACCAACUUUCUUGUAAGCCAUUAUCUUUAGUAUCAUCAACCAAUGUUACUUUAAGCAGUAGUUCACAUACUAUUGUUACUGUCCCUGCCAACCCACUUGUUGAUUUUACAAUGCAUGCAAGUCCUUCUAGACAAUCUGUUUCUAAUUAAUGUCAAUUCUCUUAUAGAGGUUUAAUUUAUUAUUUUUUCUCUUUUUUCUUAUAUAGGUAGAUAUAUAUGUUAUGACACAAACUUAUUUUUUAAACAUGCUACCAUCAUUGCCCAGACAACAAAGGCUAUGGAAGGAUGUGUUUAAAACUUUAUAUUAAAUACAAUUGAAGAGUUUAUAAUGUUAUGAAUGAGGAUAACUGAUUUCUUAACUAGGGUAAUUGUUAUGACAUGCAUUAGAUAAGUAGUGCUCUUUGAAAAAAAAAGAAAAGAAAUGUAAAGAAUUUUUAUUCCUACUCGUUGCAAGUUGAUAAAAGUAUUUGUAACUAUAUAUGAUAUUGACUUUAUAUGAGUAACAUGUUGAAAUUCACUUUACACUUUUCAAGUAGUUGUAAAAAAAAGAACAAUCGAAUAAGACCAUAAAGUUUUUAUUGACCAUCGUUUAUAGCAUAUGUAAAAUGUGUUAUAAACUGCCAUAUCUUAUAAUUGCUAACCUUUCAUAAAUUUGAUAAAUUUUCGAAAGGUUAUCAAUCUUCUCCAAAUUUAAUAAGCUGUAUGCAUUUAAGUAUCGUUAUAAAAAUAUUAUGAAGAUAUAAGUAUUCACUCGGCAAGACAGCAGAUGGCAGUUUAUUACAUCUCUCGAUUAUGCAUUUAUAAGAGUACUAUAUAAUAUAAAAGUUUAUCCAUCCACAGCUUCAGUUUUCUGGGUCAAUCUUUGCAAUCGUAUAUGUGAAUACUUAUGUGGAUGUCCCAAAAUGCCAAUCAAUCUUUAAAUGUUCGGGUCCAAAAAUUCUGAAAAGUAAUUCAUAUUAACUAGGAUCUAAUGUUGACAUUGUACCAGAUGCAUUUGAAACUAUCUGUGCAAAACUCCAUGACGUUAAAAUUAAGGAAUCCAAUGAUGUGUUCAGGUAAUAUUAUCCUGAUCCACUUAGAGCAAUAAUAUACAAAUUAACUUUUUAAUAAAAUAUCUGAAGUUUGAUAAACUUAUCAUAUCACUAUGAUGAUAUAUUUAGGCAGUAUUACUAGGGACGAAAAUUGGUUAAGAAUAUGGCAAUCAGAUUGGCGAACUGGACCAGCAAAUUUAAUUAAGAUACUUUGAGAUAAGUAAUGAAGACACAAAAUAGAAAUGGGCUGAAUCAAUUUGAUACGAAAUUUAAGAAUAAUAAUAAAUAAGUAAAGGCUGGUAGUUCCUAGAUUUCAGAAAUGGACACGUUACAAAAAGAUAACACAAACUAAUGUACCUGUUGAAAACAGAUUAUUGUGAUUAUUCUCCAGAUCUUAUUUGAAUCAUACAUGUUUCAUGCACAAAAAAUUUUCUGAUAAGAGAUAUGUAUUUUAUUAGGAAAGUCCAUGUACGAUCGCAAAAGGCUUUCUUAUUUCAUUUCUUUUUUAAUAUUCUUUUGAAUUUUUAAUUAAAAACUUAUAUUAAAAAAUAUCUCUCAAUCUACAGAACUCUUAUUUAAGAUAGCAGUGCAUUUUAUAAUACAGAUAUAAACGAUCUUGCAUUUCCAUAGAUAUUUUUAAUGAAGUUUAAAGUUUGAUCCACAUGGACAAGGGCUGAGCAUUUUAUAUGUGCAAUAUAUAUUGCUAAUUCUGUGUAGAUUCAAGCAUAUUACUAAAUUUUAAUAUAACUGGCUGAUAACAAUUUUCUGAAUCUGAUAAUAAUCAUUAGAAAUAUAAAUAAAGUUUGUAAAAUUUGUGAUCUACUGUUUGACAAAAAAUUAAAAGCAUGUUUCAACUCUUUUCCAUCUAGGUAAAAGCUGAAAAUAAACUCUACACAGAUCAUCUUAUAGUAUUGCAUUCACAUAUAUUCUUAUAUGUUGCGUAUACGAAAUAUAAAAAUCAAAAAAUGAAAUCCUCAAAUUAAAUAAUUUUGAUCAGUGGGAUACUCAUGCCUGCAACUACUAGAAAGGAAAAGAGUUAAUAUACAAAUUUUUAUAUACUAUUGUGCACUGCCCAUCUGGCUUAAGUGGAUUUAUAAUGAAUAAGGAAAAAAGAUUAUUUGUAUGAAGAUAAAUAUUGAAUAUAUAUGAUUUGUCAAAGGACGAUGUAAGAAGCUGCCUUGCCCUUUGACAAAUUUCCAUUAUACAUUUAUAUUGACUAGGAGAGUCUAUGAUCUCUUUAUUGUGAAUAUUAAUUUUCUUUGUAACUAACAUUAUGAUUUACGAUUUAUAAUAGUAAAAAGGACGGAUCAUACUGGUUAAAUAAAAUGAAAAAUCUUAAUAUCACACUAUGGAAUUAUGAUGUUUAUAAUUUAUUCAUAAUAAAAACUUUAAUUAUUCGUAUAAGUAUUCUAUAAAAGUAGUACACUUCAUACUAUCAUUAAUUAUUUAUCAAAUCUUUAAUUUGUGCAAUGAUCCUUCCUUGUAAAAAGAUAAAAAUAAUUGUUUAAUUUAUUUAUUUUUUAAGUCAAAUUUAUUGCAAUAUAAUAUUCCUUGCUAUACAAAAUUAUAUAUUUUUAUACAGAUUAUCUUUGCUUUUUAUGCUACAUUUUUUGUGUGUAUAUUGAUAGAAAAGAAAAUAUUAAGAACCACAUUUUCCAGGUCAAUCUGUUCGCAAUAUUCUAGGAAUUAUUUAUUUUUGAUUAUCUUGUAAAUUGAAAUUAAUAAUUCAUUAUUAUUUUCUAAGAAAACUAUACUUAUAUAUAUAAGAGAGAGAGAGAGUCAUGGAUUAAUGGAUACCAGAAUAGUUAGGUCGAGUAGCAUGUGUUCGAAGAAAUAUGAUUGGGUGAUACAUAUGAUAUAUUAUAUAUUUAAAAGCGUGUUUUUGAAAAGAGAAAAUGUUAAACCAAAAGUUUAUUGAUGAACAUUAUGCAGGAUUUAGAGGAGUACAUUUUAUGUGCUGCUAAUUAUUAUUGUCACAUAAUAAAAUGAUAUUUCUCAUGAAUAUGACGAUAAAUUCAAUAUAUGCAUAUACUUUAACAGCAAUUUGAUUCAUUUCAAAAUAAUUGAUUAAACAUUAAAAUAAUAAAAUUAAUAUAAUUUCUUUAGAACAAUCUACAAUGAAACAGAACAGAUGACAAGGUUGUGCUUAUAUAAUAUUAAGUCUAAGAUUUAAUCAGGUAUUUAUAUUAUCCUUAUGUCAAAGAAAUAUGUGUGCAUUUUUAUUCUAAUUAAUCGAAACCAAUGUUUAUACUAUAAUUAAGAUUUAUCAUAUAAAAACAGCAAUAUGAUUUAUAUUAAUGAUAUUGAUAGUAUAAUUGUAUGUGUAUUAAUUUUGGCAAAAUAUGCUAAAAAAAAUCCUUAAUCAUAUUUUUCAUAUUGUAGCCAUUGAUAAAAUGUCUACAAACAUGACUGAUGUAAGGAGUUCAAAUAUUCUCUCUUGUGGUGUGACCUGGCAGAUUCCAAACAAGUACCUUUUAUCAAGAAUCAUGCAAGAUUGUAAUUUUUUAAAUUAACUGCCAUAUCAGGUUUCUAAAAAUUUCAAAGAUACAAGAGAUUUUGAUAACAAUUUUAAAAGAUUAUAAUUAAUCCUAUACAUAUGAUAAAAAUCUCUAAUAGACUGAUAGUUUAGAAACCUGAUUUAAAGUAAUAUUAAUAAUUAUGUAAAAGAUAUUUUGCAUAAAUCUUGCAAGUUUCUACUAUGAAUCAAUUACCCUAAUGCACUAUGGUAUUAAAUAUAAUGUUUACUUAGAAUAACGUGGUGCAACUAGAAGCAUACAAAAUUUUCUCUAUACUUGCUUAUAAAUUUAUAUAUAUAUAUAUAUAUAUAUAUAUAUAUAUAUAUAUAUAUAUAUACAUACAUACAUACA